AUGGAAGAUCCUUGGGCGGCUGGACCAUCCUGGGUCACUCCUAAACCCUUGAACUCACAAGAUACACUCCCAGCACCAUCCACUUCACCACCACCAGCACUGGAUCAUGCCGACCCUUGGGCACGUCCGACGGUCAUACCUCCUUCGACCUCACCUGUCACUUCACCACUCCCUAGAUUGGAAUCACCGCCUUUGAAGAGUCCUACUUAUAUCCCCGAAUCUAACUGGGGUGGAGAAUGGGGGAAAGAAGCAGAGGACAGAUCAGAUACUGGGUUAGUCGAAGUGACGCCCCAAGACCUCAAAGUCGAUCAAGAUGUAGCAACUGAGAAAGAAGAACCAGAAGUCACUGUACCAUUACCUAGACAAACAGAGGAUAAUCAAGCUAUAUGGACUCUAAACAGUCCUAAUAUCGACCCUGCUUCCCUUCCUCCACCCCCUCCUCCAGAAGAGAACACAUCUCUCCCAGUGCCCUCUACUCCCCCUAAGAUUGAUAUCAUCCCACAAGCCCCAUUCUCUUCUUCUUCUCAUCAUUCCCAUCUCUCACAUACUCCCAGUUUAUCCAUACAUUCGCCUCAUUCUUCAACAUCUCGACAUACUCCCUACCAUGAGCAAAGAGACGGUAUACCGUCCCCUAGACCAGGAUCAGAUUUCGGUGGGUUUACAGAUAUAAACGCUGCUGACCCUUGGGGAGGGGAUUGGGGGUUGGGGGAAACAGGACAUUCACGUACGAAUUCUGGUUUCGUAACUCCUGAAAUACAAAAUGUCGAUGAUGAUAAUCAUGAAGGCUGGGGAGGGGUGCCUGUGAGAUCUAAUAGUGUGAUACCGAGGAAAGAAGAUGAUGAAUGGGAAGAAGCACAGCGAAGGAUAUUAAUGAGAGAACAACGAGCGCCACAGGUCAAAAUUGUAGAGCUACAAAGAGAAUGGGGUGAGCUGGUAGAAGGGGUGAUAGGGUUGGAUAAACUUCCUGUUUUGACAGAAGAAGAACAGAGAAAGUUGGACCAAACGAUACGUCAAACUGAUGAUGAUGUUCAUGAAACUCUAAGAAGUCUCAGUGUUAUCCCACCUAAUAUCAACACCUACCCUCCUGUCAUAUCCUCUUUAACCACACAUCAAUCCCUUCUUUCCGCUCUCCAAAGACCUAAUCCGACUCCUCAAACCUCCCUGUUAAAUAUAACCAUGGCUCGUCGUUCUCGACAUAAAGAAUCUUUUGGUGAUGCCGAUUCCCCCUGGGGUGGUCGAUCUCGACUUGGAGAACCCGAAGUACCAGUUCUGGAAGCAGUAACCAAUGACGAACCACAGAAGAAAGGUUGGAGUUUCUGGGGUCGGAAGAACACACAGGAUAAACCUUUGGUCACCUCCGGCGGGGGAGUCUUAGAGGUGAAGACCGUUGAUGGGGGGACAACUUCUUUGGCUCAAGGGAACUCUCGACCAGAAUCACCAGCCAAUAAUCCCCUUCAGCCCGAUAUCAUCCCUGAAGCCUCAUUUUCCGCCAUACAAACACUCGCACCUAUCCAACAAAUACCUUCCGGUCCUGUCAAUUCUAUAGAGUCAACUCCUACAGCCCAAGCAACCUCGACAGCUAAAACAACCCCAACAGUACAACCUCCUCAAAAUGCUCAGAAUGCCCAAGGAUCACAGCCCUCCGCUUUUGGAAGAUUUUUCGGUCGUAUUCGUCGUCAACCCUCCGGCUCAAGUGUCAGUAAAGAAAUCGACCCCAAAGAUAUCGAUCCCAAAGAUAUUGAACUUUCCGCAGAUGAUUUUACCUUUCUUGAUCAAGUCCCAUCACUUUCUUCACCACCACAGGAAAAAGGUGUUGGAGAUUUAUUAUCUCUUGAACCUUCUCAAUCUAUUAAAGGAAUACAAGAUAUAUUAUCUAAUAAAAAUACAUCAUUACCUCAACCUUUAGCUCCACCUCCAAGACCUAAUAGUCGUUUAAGUUUUACUACCAUCUCUGAAUUCAAAGAAAGUACUGCAACCUACGGAACUUUAGGAAAUACUUCGAUGUCAGGAAGUAAUGUAAGAAAUGCUCCAAUUGGAAGAAUAGGAACUAACAACAAUACCUCAAAUCCAAAAUUCGUAGCUCGUAUGACCUCUCAACCUGUACCUAAAUCAGACAUCGAUUUAUUAGGUGGAUUAGAUUUCACCGAUUCUCCAAUCAGUCCAAAUACAGGGUCUUCAACAUGGGAUGAAUUCUUAUCACCUGGAACGUCAAUACCUAGAAUCUCAACACCACCUGUUAUACCUAGAUUAUCUAGUCCUCCAACUGUUAACGUUUCACCUCAAAUCACUGGUAGUUCUAUAAAUACGUUUUCUUCACCUUCAAUGAUACAGAGAUCAAUAACGCCUUCUUCAGUGAUAUCAUUUACUUCUGUACCUUUACAACCUUCUCCGAUUAGACAAUCACCAAAGAAAGAAUCUCCAACGCCCGUACCACCUACAUUGAAUAAUCAUACUCUCUUGUCUUCUCCUGAUGGAGUCGUCAGCUCCAAGUCAAGUGGUCUCGUUCCCGCUCCUAUUAUUGUGGCAGGUCCCAGUAGUCAUAAUCACUUUGCUUCUGACGAUUUUGGUGAUUUCGGUGAUUUUUCAUCAUUCGAUUCAUCUCUUCCUUCCAUGACACCACACACCUUUUCUUCACCUUCAAAAACACAAUCACAACUACUCCCUCAGUCACUCUCUCAAAUCCAUAUUCAUCCCUCCCCCGUACCUCACCGACCACCUCAUUUAGGUACAUCCACUUCACUCACUCAAACUCUGGUCAAUGACGCUAUAGCUGUCAAAGGUCGUCGAUGGCCAGCUCCACCAUCACCUAUCGCACCGAUGAUCGAACCUCCUCCUGGGUCCAAUACGCAGCCAGCAACGGGUUUUCCAUUUCUCUCUCCUCCCGGAUCUGGAACGAUCUCAACAGGGUUUCCCUUCCUUCCUCCACCAUCACAACCUGUUCCAAAAAAUCAAGUCGAUCUGUUGAAUCACACUUCUGACCAGAAUUCUUUAGUGGGGGAAUAUGAAGUUCCUUCCACUUCUCAAAUGAAGACGUCCUUACGGAUGCAAGGUGUGAUGGAAGGUUUGAUACCUACCCCUAAAACUACUCAUGGGGAAUUAGGAGGAUCGAAUGUUAAUCUUGGUACUAGAGGGAUAGGGUCAGGGUCAGGGUUGGAACAAGAGGAGAAGAAAGAUAUGAAAGAAACAAAAGGUUUAUCAGCACAGGAUCUGAGUUUCUUUGAUAGUCUUUGA